AUGCCCAAGAUUGUCCGCCUCACGUUCUUCAAGAUCGGCGACAAAGACACCAUCCAGGAAGUAAUCGGCCUGUACAGCACUCUGGCCCAAGACGCAACAAAGGACGGAAAGCAGUACAUCCAGCUUUCCCAGGCCAGUGCUCCCUACGAAGACCACCGCAACCAAGGCUACAACCUCAUGGCUCGCUGUGUCUUUGAUUCCUUGACCGACAUGGAAUACUUUGACCAAGCUGACGAGGUUCAUGCGGGAAUCAAGAAGCAAUUGAUGCCCAAGUUUGAGGCAAGGCCAUUGAUCAUCUACUCGGAUAUGCAGUAG